GUGUUAGAAGAGCUGUGUAGGCUCCUGGGAGGCCGGUAAGAACAGCGGAGGCUGUGUCCCACAGACUCUGGCAUCAUGAACAUAUUUGAUCGAAAGAUCAACUUUGAUGCACUUUUAAAAUUUUCCCACAUAACCCCCUUGACACAGCAGCACCUGAAGAAAGUCUAUGCCGGUUUUGCUCUCUGUAUGUUUGUGGCGGCCGCAGGGGCCUAUGUCCAUGUGGUCACUCAUUUCCUUCAGGCUGGCCUGCUCUCUGCCUUGGGCUCCCUGGGGUUGAUGAUUUGGCUGAUGACAACACCUCAUAGCCAUGAAACUGAGCAAAAAAGACUGGGACUUCUUGCUGGAUUUGCUUUCCUUACAGGAGUUGGCCUAGGCCCUGCUCUGGAGCUGUGCAUUGCAAUCAACCCCAACAUUCUUCCCACCGCCUUCAUGGGCACAGCAAUGAUCUUCACCUACUUCACCCUGAGCACCCUGUAUGCCAGGCGCCGGAGCUACCUCUUUCUGGGAGGUGUCUUGAUGUCAGCCAUGAGCCUGAUGCUCUUGUCUUCCCUGGGGAACGUUUUCUUUGGAUCCAUUUGGCUUUUCCAGGCAAAAUGCACAUCUCCAUUUGAACGGGCCAUAUUUCAAGUGCUUAGUAGCCAGAUGUGGCUAUUCGUCCUGUAUGGACCCUGCAGGUCUGGAGCAUGCUAUCACCUAAUAUAUGGUAGCUGUUGGAUAAAAAUGAUGCAGAGCUUCAGAGGAAGAAAGGCCUAUUUUAAGAGCUGGGGGAAAGAGCUGUGCCCACUGGGCAAAUCAACAGGAUGAGGCUCACUCACCUGCUAAGGUCUGGAACAGCAGGGAGACCUUGAGUGCCCUGGAUGAAUGAGUAAGACAAUGGACCCAGAGUGAGGUGGACAUCUGUGCAAAAGCCCUUGCCUUCUGGAUACCUGUGGAGAGCAGAGGACAGCGAAAGAGCAACAGGCUUGUUGCAUGAGUGGGAGGAGAGCAUGGGCAGCAGGCUUUGCUGGGAAGGCCUCUGCCAGCAGAGUAUCUCAAAAUGGCGCCAUCAGAGAUCUUGCAGAAACAUACUGUUCCUGGGAUUAGUUGGUGGCAGAAAUGUA